AUGGACCGUGUCAACCCUGAUUUCAUUAGUAACCUGAUCGCCCAAAUCUUUUCGGCUGCGCAGGGCGGCACCAAGCUUGACAUCAACGACGCCGAAGCAGUCGGUCAAUAUGUCUACUCCAUCAUUGGCCUGGGCGCCGGGCUCAUCUCUUACAUCGGAAGCGCCCUGGGCGCCCUGUGUAACCUUUUGGGCACGAUUGAGAAGUAUCACCUGGAGAUUCUGAAACAGAAAAUCCUGGGCUUUCAGAGCAACAUGGACCUCUACAGCCGCUACCUGCAAGACUUUGAAGACGCAGUCACGCCCGAGGAGAAGAAGGACGCGGCCGACACGCUCAAGGCGACGCAUAUUGCGUUCCUGAGCGUUGUCUUGGCCGCUAUUCCAGAAUUCCAGGUUGACCCCUACGCCGUGCCCUCGCUCGCCAUGUUCAGCCUGGUGGCCACCAUACAUCUCACGCUGUUGGCCGACGGCAUCGAACGGGGCGGGGGGUGGGGGUACACCGAUAGGAACAUUGAGACCAUGAAGGCUCAAUUCAUGGCCAAGACGUCACCCUCAAGCAGCAACACUGAGGAGAUCCUGUUGCCGCAUUACAUCCUGGAGGAAGCUAUUAGCAGGGGGGCAAGGCUGCAUCACCGGGCCCCUCUAAAUGGUGACGAGGAUUUCGACUAUGUUACCUACGCAAGGAAGAUAUGCAUCCAGGGGCGCCAGAACGUGAAGCUUGACCACGGCAGCGAUUCUCAGGGUUACAUCGAUGCCUCGAACUACCGAGCCUGCCGCGAUUAUGAUUCAUACAUGGUUGUCAACGUCCUCAACUAUGCCGAGCUUUGGCCCUUCAUGGCAGGCGACACUUGGACGGAAACUGCCACUCGAAAUGUCGACCGCGAGAUCUUCUACGGCCCCUAUGGUCGGUGGGCGGAUAAUGCUUCAUGGACUCUGUCGAGUCCUCCUCCCGUCACCGACCGUCGCGAGCCCACCACAAGCAUCAUUGUGCGGGCAUGGGAUGAUAUCGAUGGUCUACAGGUCAAGCAUGGCUCAUCAUGGGACGGGUUCCAGGGAAACUCAUCCGGCGGCGCGGCGAAACAACUUGACAUGUCCAAGAGUGAGUAUGUCACAUCUGUCAGUGCCACGUACGGCACAAUUCACAAGUAUGGCAACAAACUUGGCAAGCUUGCAUUCACAACCAACAAUAACAAUACACUCGAGAAUGGAAACGCGGAGCAUGCCGACACGGUGUCCAACGUCACCGCGCCCCCGGGAUAUGAGUUGAUGAGCGUCAUCAUCACUCGAUGGGUGGAAGAUACCCCAACGGGCUGCGAGGGUGUGAUCUUGGGCUUUAGACCAUUGAUGACAGAUACAGCCCGGUCUUAA